AUGUGGCACCAAUGUGAGCAGAAAUGCAAGAAUGUCUGCGUGGAUGCUUGCGUCGCAAGGUCGUUACAGCCGUCUCUUUGCGAAAAGACAUGCACCAGCGCUUGUCGAUUCGGUUGUCAAAGCUCACCACAAGCUUCUUUAUCAUCAGGCCAUCCUAUUCAAUUCGACAUCGACCUGAAUGAUCCGUUUUAUGAGUCUAACUGCGAUCAAAAAUGUGGUCAAACCUGCCACGCGCAGUGCAUAUCGCAAGGAAAUCCAGCAGCUGAUUGCGCAAAAUUUUGCCAGCAGCAGUGCGGUAUGUCAUGCCUUACCCGAACGCCAACUCAGGUAGAUUUAUCUCAACCUGCACCAAAUCCAUGCGUUCAGCGUUGUAACACCGCCUGCCAACAAUCUUGCACAUCUGAACAACGACCUCUGUGCUUGGUCACAUGCAAUGUGGCAUGCCGAAAGCGCUGCCUAUAUGAUAGUUCGCCCACGAAGACGAGGCUCGAAGGAGCCACACUUCUUGUAUGCAUUGAUCCAUGUAUGCCAGCUUGCCUUCCCUCUUGCAUAAACUCUCCAACUCUUGCACCUUCACUUUUCACCCCAACGUUUCCUGCUUCACAUGCUCAAACAGUAGACUUGUUCACAACUACUAGAAGUAGUGCCACUACCAGUACCUCAACUAUUCUACCACUAGAAAUCAACAUCAACUUCAUCUCAUGUCCUGUUGCCUGUCAACCAACAUGUGAAAGUUCUUGUAUACAGACGCAAUGUAUUCCAACGUGUAGACCGGCCUGUUUAGAGAGCUGUAUUGUCGCCUCGAAAACGACUACACCAGUUUCUGCUCUAACGCAGCAACACUGUAUUCCUGCCUGUCAACCACAAUGCUUAGAAUCCUGUAUCAAAGCCCAAAUCUUGCGACAAAAGUGUAUUUCUGCUUGCCAACCGGCGUGCGAUCCAAGCUGCAUUAGGGCCACAAUGACACCUCCUGCCCCGAUUGCUUUGCCACCGGUAGUAUCAAUUCGUGCAUUGUCGACGCUUAUUCCAAAUCAGUGUGUUCCAGCAUGUAUGCCAGCUUGCGAUUUCCUGUGUAUCCAAAUUCAGACACUCGUUCGAAGUUCGCCAGCACCUCUUCAUGCUUCUUACAUCUGCUUACCUGCGUGUCAGCCGUCUUGUAAACCAUCCUGCAUUAAAAACAUUUACAAAAUGAUCGAUGCUGCCAUUCCUCAGAACCAGCGAUGUACUCAAGCUUGUAUGCCGCAGUGCACUCCAGAAUGUCUUUCAUCUCAGGUAGCUCCAGCUCCGAGACCAUUAUCAGUCGCUACAUCACCAGUCGCAACACCAGCACCGUCACUACCUUACGUUCAGUGCGUUUACGCUUGUCAACCGACUUGUCUACCAAGCUGCAUUCAAGAGACAUCACUCACUGCACCAUCACUCGCAUCAAAAUGUGUUUCCGCUUGUCUGCCAAGUUGCGAAACUUCGUGUAUUCAGCAACAUGCUAGUUUUAACACCACUGUAACCAAAAACAAAAUUCAGUGUAUCGAAGCGUGUCGUCCAACAUGUGAACCGCCGUGUAUCCUGCGUCACAAUGUCGCACAGGUAGAGUUAACCAGGUCUCUUUUACGAUUAUACGAUUUCUGA